GGGAGUCUGAAGGGGGAGGGGCAGGGAACCCGCUGGAGGAGGAGCUGGUAAGGGGGCUCGAGGGCGGGGUGUCCCUGCCAGGGGAAGCCCUGAGGCGGAGGGACGAUGGUUUUGAGGUAGGGUUUUGGGGAGAGGAAGCAAGAGCCAUUUCCUGCCUUCAGCAAAGACCCUCCUCUGAGGGCCUCCCCCACCAGUUGCCCAACAGUGACACUCACCUCCGCCCCUCCGCUGGCUCCUAUUUCACCAGCUCCUGCAGUGACAGCUGGAGGGCCCAGGAGAUGAAGUUCCCGCUCCCCACCCCGGUCUUCCACUCUCCACCCACUCCCCAGAGAAUCGAUUGAUUCCUGAGGUCCCCAGGCAAGGGCACUGGGGGCCGGGGAGCACUGGUGGGCUGGGCCUGCUUCAGAGACCCACCAGGGUGUGUGGCCUGAUUCCCAGGAGGAGCUACCCUGGGUUGCCAUGAGAGAGACCUUUGAGGCCCUCAGCUCCCUGGGAUUCUCUGUGGGACAGCCGGAAAUGGCCCCCCAAAGUGAGCCUGGGGAAGGGUCCCAUAAUAACCAGGAGCAGAUGUGCCCUUCCAGGGAAGACAGCAUGCUGGGCACGUGCUCUGGGCACGAGGCCCCCAGACCAGAGGAAGGCACCCACACGGAAGAAGCUCAAGCCCCCUGCAGAGGAGGCCCGCCAUGUGCACCACAGAAGGCCGAGCCCAGGGGCUCCUGCCCAGGGGAUGAGUGGAUGAUACGGAAGGUGAAGGUGGAGGAGGACGAUCAGGAGGCAGAAGAGGAGGUCGAAUGGCCCCAGCAUCUGUCAUUACUCCCCGGCCCUUUUCCGGCGCCGGACCUGGGGCCUCUGGCCGCCGCGUACAAGCUGGAGCCCGGGGCCCCAGGGGCACUGGACGGACUCGCGCUGGCCGGCUGGGCCCCGACCUCGGAGAAGCCCUAUGGCUGCGGGGAGUGCGAGCGGCGGUUCCGGGACCAGCUGACUUUGCGGCUGCACCAGAGGCUGCACCGCGGCGAGGGCCCCUGCGCCUGCCCGGACUGCGGCCGCAGCUUCGCGCAGCGCGCGCACAUGCUGCUGCACCUGCGCAGCCACCUCGGCGAGCGGCCUUUCCCCUGCUCCGAGUGCGACAAGCGCUUCAGCAAGAAGGCCCACCUGACCCGCCACCUGCGUACGCACACCGGCGAGCGGCCCUACCCGUGCGCCGAGUGCGGCAAGCGCUUCAGCCAGAAGAUACACCUGGGCUCGCACCAGAAGACGCACACGGGCGAGCGGCCCUUCCCCUGCACCGAGUGCGAGAAGCGCUUUCGCAAAAAGACGCACCUGAUCCGCCACCAGCGCAUCCACACGGGCGAGAGGCCCUACCAGUGCGCGCAGUGCUCGCGCAGCUUCACGCACAAGCAGCACUUGGUGCGGCACCAAAGGGUGCACGAGGCGGCCGGCCGCGCCCCAUCUUCCCCCGACGCGCCCGCUUCGCCGGGUUCCCCUGCCCCGUCCCCCACCCCGUCCCCUCCCGGGCCCAAGCCUUUCUCCUGCUCCGAGUGCGGCCUGAGCUUCGGCUGGAAGAAGAACCUCGCCACGCACCAGCGUCUGCACCGCGCCGGGGGGCGCCCCUUUGGGUGCGACGAGUGCGCGCUGGGCACCACGGUGGACCCCGCUGCUGCCGAGCCCUUGGCCUGCGCGCCCGGAGACACCCCGGCGACCCAGGGGGCUCCCGCCAGCGAGCGGUCCUCCUGCGCGGACUGCGGGCGCGGCUUAGCCCACGGGCAGCACCUGGCGCGGCACCGCCGCGUGCACCCAGACGAGAGGCCCUUCGCCUGCGCUCAAUGUGGCCGCCGCUUCGGCUCGAGGCCCAAUCUGGUCGCGCACUCCAGAGCCCACAGCGGCGCCAGGCCUUUCGCCUGUGCGCAGUGCGGCCGCCGCUUCAGCCGCAAGUCGCACCUGGGCCGCCACCAGGCGGUGCACACGGGCAGUCGGCCCCACGCCUGCGCCGUCUGCGCCCGCAGCUUCAGCUCCAAAACCAACCUGGUGCGCCACCAGGCCAUCCACACCGGCUCCCGCCCCUUCUCCUGCCCGCAGUGCGGCAAGAGCUUCAGCCGCAAGACCCACCUGGUGCGGCACCAGCGCAUUCACGGCGAAGCCGCCCACCCGGCCCCCGACGCCGACCUCUCGGCCCCAGCCUGGCCCGCUCCCACAGAGGUAACAGCGCCCCCCCUCUUCUUCUGAGCCUUGUUCUCUCCAGGACCCUUCCUUGGCUCGCUGGUUGGAGAGACCCACGCUGGAGAUCUUCUGGACGGCGGGCAGGAUGGCCUGGGCCCCGACGGCUCUUCUUCCCUCUUUAUCUUGCUGGAGAGAAGUCCGGAAAAGAUAACCAGCUUUGACGUUCUGUGACAAAGACAAUGUUAAGAGUGAACCCUUGCUGGGAACAGUUCAGGUGUGAGUCCCGAAAAGAAUCCCCCCAAGAGACCCCAUCAGAAAGCAGA